UACACAGUCAAGGAUUUGGCAUUGAAGGAGCUAAAUAAAAGCAUGGCCCUGCUGCUGCUCAGAAACCUGCUGCACUCCUUUUGUAAUGCUUUGCGUCCACUGAGCCAGACCCCUCAGACAGGGCCCUCAGCUGCAGAUAUGGCUGUGUUUCUGUUACUGUGUGUGUUUUUUGCUGUGGGUCUGGCUUUGCUGGCACUGCAGUUGAAGCUUAGGAUGUCUGUGCACGGCCCCCAGGAACCCCCUCGCCUUCCAUCACUCCCAUUGAUCGGCAGUCUUCUGAGUUUGCGGAGCCCACAUCCUCCUCACCUGCUUUUCAAAGAGCUACAACGGAAAUAUGGACAGACCUACUCUCUGAUGAUGGGCUCCCAUUGUGUCAUCAUCGUCAACCACCACACACACGCCAAAGAAGUGUUGAUGAAGAAAGGAAAGAUAUUUGCAGGAAGACCCAGAACCGUAACAACAGAUGUUCUGACCAGAGAUGGCAAGGACAUUGCAUUUGGAGAUUACAGUACUACCUGGAGAUUCCACAGGAAAAUAGUACAUGGAGCUCUGUGCAUGUUUGGAGAGGGCUCUGCCGCCAUCGAAAAGAUAAGUGAGUAUAGUUUACACUCCUCCAAUAUGUUUCCUCUGACAUCAUAA